GAGACAGAGAGAAGGGAGGGAGAAGAAGAAGAAAAGCGAUCAUGAAGAAGACAGAGUUAGGGUCUCCUCCUAAAUUUCGAUUCAUGGAAGGAGGAGGCUUUAGAAUUAGUUCUCCUAAUGCAACAGAAGAUGGAAGAUCAGACUCAGACCAUCUUGAUAACGAAGAAGAAGCGGUCGACGGCGUUUGUGAUCUUGUAAAGUUACUAGAAAUUGGCUCCAAAGUUAGAAAAAGAAACUUUCCGGACUGGUGUGAAGAAGUUCGAUAUGGUGGCAGCGACCCCGUAGACAGUAUGUGGGAGGAUUGGGUGGGUUCCAGCGGUGAGUUGUGGGAGCAAAAGAAUGAAGAAGAACAGCGGAAAGACCUAGAAAUACGAUGGACAUACUUGAAAGAUUUGCUAAAUCGGGAAGGAGUUGAUACCAGUAAUCACAGACCACUGCUGUCUAUGAGAAUCAUCGAUUAUGGUAAGAAGGAAUCAGAUGAAGGAAUUUUGGAAUUCAAAAUUGGCUCACCUGACAAAGGAUUGGUAAGUAUUAACAAAUUAGUAUUAGAUCGUGGUGGCUAUUCUCGUUGGACAUUGCCUAGACAAAGUGUGAAUGGUUUGCUGUGUCUUAGAACCUCUAGGAAUGAUGCAUUUCUUAUAUAUAACCCUAUCACUGGAGAAAAAUCACCCUGGGUCGAAAUUAAGAAUAAGCAGGCAAGAAAUCAAAUUGCGUUUGGGUUUGAUAAACUGAGUAAUGAACAUAAAGUCAUAUGCAUAUCAAGUAGUAAGUCUGGUAAUAAUCGAGUUAAAGAAGUUGUUGAAGUCUUUACUGUUGGAAAAAAUACAUGGAGAAGAAUUGAUGCAGUUCCACCCAUUGCAUUAGGCGAAGGUUAUGAGGAAAAAGUUCCUUAUUAUGUAGAUGGUUGUAUAUAUCGGCGGAUCCGGCCGGAUGUUUUUCACCCAUGGGUACGAGAACGAAUACUGAGAUUUGAUAUUGCAACUGAAAAGUUCAGAAUUAUUCCGAUUCCGGAUUUCGUAGUUGAUCCUGAGAGAUAUAAGUUCUCACAGACUGUUGAGCUGACAGAACUUGAUGGAUGCAUUGCUGUAUUGAAUUGGAUACGCGAACUCAAAAUUAUUCUAUGGAAAUUUCGUGAAGUUGCAGAUGGUAACAUUGAGUGGAUUGAAGAGGUUAUUGAUAUACCUCCACACUGGAAUGGGAAAUAUGAUAUGUCGAUUGAAGCUCUUACGGGGACACGUCAAAUCUUCCUGCACUAUGAAGAUACAGACGGCAUUUUUUACUACAACAGAAACACCAGGGAGUCCUUAAGGUUUCCAAUCUGGCCUGAUCGUGCAGAAUUUGAAUGGGAAAGGUUUAUACAAGUGUAGUCGACAUGGUAUGAACAGGAGGUGUUAGAAGAGUGACCAAGCUUGUGAUCGGGAAAUUAUUCCUGUCUGCACUCGAGUAUGUGUUUAGUUUAAAGAUCAAAUGCAUCAUUGAAUUUGAGUGGGAGAAGUACAAUGUAUUUGUAUUGAUUAACGGGAAGGGAAAAGCCGAAAACCUACAAAUGCAGCAGCGAAGGCCUUGGGCGGGUUUGGCCAUGCCAAACGUUUAGUCUUGUCCAGGAUAUUUUUUGCCUCUCAAUCUCUGAUUAGCGCUCGGUUGAAUAGGAAAGCUAGAUGCUGUACCAAAAGUGCUAGGCCCUAGUUUUGAGUCUUUUGACAAAUUUUGAACUGUGUAAUUUGUGUAGCUUGACUGCUAAACGAGUUGAGAGGUACAGGUUAAAGCUACCUGGUGAUAAAUCAACUUUAACUUUACGGCAAGC